CCGACGUACGACAUAUUGUAAAACAACCUCAACUACUUUUCAACACUUACCUCCUGCUUAUUUACUUUUCCUCCAAAGUACAUCUCAAAACAUCCUUCAUACGACUCAUCUCCCUUUCAGCGACAACUACCACCACAUCUUUGAAACCUAUCUUGAUUUAUCGAUGGAAUCUCGCCCAAACGAAUCAACCAUGCCUCUUUCUAUCCCCGCUCGUCAAACUCAACAACAACAACAACCUGCUUCUCCUCCCAUGCACGGGAUCUCACUGUCCACUUCUCCUUCGCCUUCCGGUUCAUCACCCAUGUCCCGAUCCGGCUCUUUCGACGUCAACCCUUUGCCACAUCACCGUCUCCUCACCACUCCCGCUCAACAUCCGUGUCCACACCUGAAGGAAUUAUCGAUGGCAUUGAAGAGGGCUUGGAGUAUGGGGAACUAGUAGGAUUUGGGCAGAUUGGACACUAUGCGAAGAUACGAAGAAAGAGGAGGAAGAGGUGUAUAUAAUAAGAAAGCGCUGGGUUCGGAUUCGUUAGAAACAUUUUUGCCACAACCCCAUUCCCCUCCCCAUUAUUCGAAUCGCCACCAUCAUCGCAAGUCAUUCCUUCAUAUACCACUUUCACUGCAUGCCCCCCCUUCACUCCACCAUUCAAUAUAUCAUCUUCCCCAUUCCGUCUUUCCGAACCAUUAUCGACGUCUUCGGUCUUCCGGCAACCAACGACCACCGUCACUCACGAGUUUUCCGACAUCAAACAUAAAUUCUUGCCACAUCACUCGACGGAGGUUAUUGUGAGUGGGAGGAGGGAGACAGACGGAUGUGGGACUUUUCAAGGUUUAUUUUCCUGUUGUUUCAAUAUGCAUCUUUCGUCUCACUU